CCGCCGUUCCUCCUCCUCCUCCUCCUCCUCUUCCUCGUCCUGCCGCCGCCGUCCGGCGCCCCGAGCCGCCGCGCCCCGCAGAGCCGCCCGUCCGCCCGCCCGGCAGAAGCAUGUCCAAGCCCAGCGACCACAUCAAGCGCCCCAUGAACGCCUUCAUGGUGUGGUCCCGCGGCCAACGGCGGAAGAUGGCCCAGGAGAACCCCAAAAUGCACAACUCGGAGAUUAGCAAGCGGCUGGGCGCGGAGUGGAAGUUGCUCUCCGAGGCGGAGAAGCGCCCGUACAUCGACGAGGCCAAGCGGCUGCGGGCGCAGCACAUGAAGGAGCAUCCCGACUACAAGUACCGGCCCCGGCGCAAGCCCAAGAACCUGCUGAAAAAGGACAGGUAUGUCUUCCCUUUGCCUUACCUCGGGGAAACAGAUCCCUUAAAGGCCGCCGGGCUUCCCGUGGGGGCCACUGACUCGCUGCUGAGCUCCCCGGAGAAGGCCAGGGCUUUCCUGCCUCCCACCUCAGCACCUUACUCCUUACUUGACCCCAGCCAGUUCAGCUCCAGCGCCAUUCAGAAGAUGACUGAGGUUCCUCACACCUUAGCCACCAGCACCCUGCCCUACGCCUCCACCUUGGGAUACCAGAACGGGGCGUUCGGCAGCUUGAGCUGCCCCAGCCAACACACCCACACUCACCCCUCGCCAACUAACCCGGGCUAUGUCGUGCCAUGUAACUGUACCGCUUGGUCGGCUUCCAGUUUGCAACCUCCAGUUGCCUACAUAUUAUUCCCAGGCAUGACCAAGACUGGGAUAGACCCCUAUUCUUCAGCACACGCGACUGCCAUGUAACACCCACCCACCCACACCCCCACGGGCGUGUGUGUGUGCGUGUGUCCCCCACCCCGGCCGGCAGCUGGAACUGGGAUUCCUCCGUGUGUGCAUGUACAUAAAACCUGCAGGAGCAAAAGGCCACCCGAACCAGGACUCUGCCGCCCGUCGCCGGGCCGGGACAGACGCGGACGCUGCCUCGGAGAUGCUCUCGCCUAAAGCUCGCCACGAGAGCUGGCCCCGGGCUCGGGGGGGAUCUGCAAUCGCGGGGGCAGAUAGGAGCCCGGCACUUGUAAGAGUUGUAAAUGUGUUUAAAAACAGAAAAGAAAAGCGAACCUUUGAACUGCCCUUUCGGGACAAAGCGGGGAGAAAAAG